GGGGAUUUUGGACCAAAAAGCGGCCGAACCACGAACUUUGCCGCUGGAUGGUGGAGGGCCGUCCUGCGCUGGAGCCUUUGGUGGCGCAGCUGCCGGAGCUUCUGCCCAGCUUCGGCCUGCCAGGCACGGACUUCACCUGGAAGGAGCUGCCCUCAUUUGAUGAUCGCAAUCUCCUGGUGAGCGUGGAGGGCCGGAAGUAUGUCCUCAAGGCGCACAACACUUUGCUGCCUUCCGGGUCGCACGGAAGGCUACAAGCCCAGGACCGCUUGAUCCAGCACCUACAAAAGCAGGCCCUGCCGGUGCCGGACGUCCUCGAGAACCUCGGCGCUCCGAGCCACGUCCGGGUGCUGAGCUACCUGGAGGGGGAGGUCCUGAAGACUGAGGCCCCGAAGAGCCUUCCCUUCCUCCAAAGUGUGGGGAAGUGGGUGGCGAAGGUGGCGACGAGUCUCCAGACUUACGAAGACGAGGCAAUGAAUUGGACCUGGGACUGGGACAUGAAGCGCUUGCCCGAGGUCGUGAGGACCAAGCUGAGCUUUAUGAGCGAUCAGCGUCGUUUGCUGGCCGCCCGCCUCUGCGAGGAAUACGCAGCGCAUCUGACGCCGGAGGUUGUAGCGCAGCUGCCGCAUUCGGUGCUGCACGCAGACCUCAAUGACACAAACCUUCUCUUUGCGGGGGAGGAAAUUGUUGGCAUCAUAGACUUCGGGGAUUCCAUCUACAGCUGCCGCAUCUUUGAGCCGGCCAUUACAGCAGGAUACUUCUCCCUGGGCCAGGCCAAUCCCUUGCAAGUGCUGCGGGAGGUCCUGCGAGGAUACCUGCAGCAGGUCCCAUGGGACCUCAGCAACGAGGAAGUGAUGGCGUACUUCCACGCAGCGCGCGGGCGCGUGUUGUUGUCGGUAGCCUUCGCAGCUGAGAACAGCUUCCUCGAGCCAGACAACGAGUAUUUGGCGCACACGGCCGAGCCAGGCUGGCGAGUCCUCGAAGCUUUGGAGGACACGGAGAAGGCGCUGCCAGAACUACUAGAUGUGGCAUCUGCGGUUCGGAGUGAAAGGUGAAACA